ACGUUGUAUGGCCAUGCACAGUGCUGCCAUUCUGGCAGCAGAAAACAGGGCACUGAAGGCUGCAAAUGAGAAGCAAAAGAGAAAGCAAGAGAGGCGCCGUACAUAUAUAGGACAGGAAGAUGCUUUAACUAUUGAAGAAGGGAUAGAUCGUGUACGAAGAGCUAAUGAAGAGGAGAGUAGGGUGGUUGAGGUUACUGAGGAAAGACCACAAAAACGUGCUGCACGUCAGUGCAGUAUAUGUGGAACAGUUGGGCAUACUGCCCGUACAUGCUCCCAGCGUACAAGAAAUAGUUCUUAA